GGCCAUCUGGUCGGCGCUUCUCGUCGGCAACGCGCGGACGACGCGACCUCGGUGAGGCGCGCGCUCGCCGCGCCGCAACGCGGCCUCGUUCAAAAGACAGCGGCAGCCGCAUCGUCCUCGUCAUCCGCGUCGGGAAAAAGGCGUGCCCGCAGACCGCCGUUAGCGAAGCGCGUCGAAGCUGGGCCAGACCGGCGAGGAAAGUUCUGCGGCGCGGUGCCCCGACGUCGGCGUGACCGCGGGAGGAGUGUACUACGAGCGGAGAGCAGUCGUUCGCUGGCUGACUGCGACGAGCCGCCCGGAGCCAUGGCGUACGAAACCGACUCGCUCCGACGGCUCGUCGGCAGCGGCGACGCCGGUGCACGUGGACAUAUCGGCGACGGAUCGGGAACGCGGAGGAGGAGGAGCGCGAGGGAUACAACCAGGAGCGGCGUGCGUUGCCACGCUCCGCUGCCGCACUCCAGGUUACCAGGGCCGUCCCGGCUGAGCACGUGCUUCUUGCUGCUCUGUGUUGUCGGCGUCGCGUGCGCGUCGUUCGAGGACGGAAACUCGUCGGCCGUGCCUAACCUGUGCAACCUCGCUCAAGAGGAGCCCAUGUACUGCCGAUGCUCCUCAGAACACUUCGAGGCGGACACCACAGGCGUUGUCUGCUACGUCGGAAAGCCGCUGUCCGGAGGCCACGCCGUCUUCCAGGCGCUGCGGCGACAGAAAGCGCUGGUUUCCGUUACCUUCACCGUGUACGGACAGGACUACCGGCUCGACUUCGUACCCACCGACUCGCUUCGACAGCUGGGCCGGCUCGAAAAGCUGCGUUUCACGGAGUGCAACUUGGGCGUGCUUCACACGAGGGCCUUCUACAAGCUGUCCGCGCUCACCUUGCUGCAGCUGGAGGGCAACGACAUUAUCGACCUGCAGCCGGGCGCCAUAGAGCACCUGCCGAGGCUCGAAAAACUCGAGCUCGGCGAAAACAAGCUGAGACACGUGAACGCCGGCUGGUUCUUGCGGCUUCCUUCCCUCGCUGCUCUUUUCUUGGGCAAGAACCAGAUCGAGUACGUAGAGGACCUGGCUUUCGCGGAGCUGGGGGGCCUCCGGGAGCUCGAGCUCGGGGACAAUCUCAUACACGUGCUGACCAACCGCACUUUCAAAGGCCUCUCCCAGCUCACGAGGCUCGAUUUGUACCGCAACAAGCUGACGCGGCUCGACGCUGGCAUAUUUGUCAGUAUGCCUCUCCUGGAAGAGCUAGACCUCAAGCUCAACCAGAUCUCCGUCAUCGAUCCGCUGGCGUUCGACGGGUUGGCGCGCCUGCGGCUUAUCUACCUAGCCAGCAACCAGCUACGCAUACUGCCCGCGGACAUGUUCGUGGGUGCGCCCAAUCUGGACCUGGUGGACCUGGAGCAAAAUCAGCUGGUCACUCUCACGUGGAGGACGAUACACAACCUGAAGUACAUAGAGCACGGCGAGGACUUCGCAAUGGGUCUCACUGGCAACCGGCUGACCUGCGACUGCCGCUUGGCGUGGAUCCUGCGGCUUGAGAACCUCACGCUGAGCGAAAAGUUCCGCCGUGAACUGCGCCACGUCAGCUGCGAGUUCAGCGACCCGGCGCGCGGCAAAAGCAAGGUAACGCGCCUGAGCCUACAGGACUUGGGUUGUCCGGAGCACGUGACACUGGACCCGGACGCGCUUCCACCCAUUCCAGCUUACUCGACUUCGCCAUCGCCAUCGCAUCCUGGACCGGUGGCGACGACACUGCCGGGCGAGGAAACUACCAGCCACCCUCCAGAAGAGCAAACAAAACGACCGUCGGGCUCGGACAAAAAGUCGCCAACCGCCAACGACAAGCCGGGGUCAUCGGCACCACGCUUCGCAUCUGCCCCGUUCGCGAUCAUCGUUUCAGCUGUGCUUGGCUUCGGACGAGCAUGGUGAUAUGGCUGCGUGCCUUGAGCUUCGUUUUAUGUGCAAUGGGCCAUAAGAAAAAGACAGCUGCGUGCUUGUCACGCCUGAAGCGCGAGACAAACAUUGUCAUGCAGUGUGGACCGUGCCUUAGACUUUUGUAGGCAGCUUUCCUUCUCAGAGCUUCUAUGAACUGCAGUGAGUGACGCUUCCGGUGUGCUUGGGAAGAUUUCUGUGUGUACUGCGACGAGUGAUCGGUUCAUUUUUCACUCGCCAUGGAAUGGUGUCUCUAAGUGUGUCAAGUGCUUUCGUGCUGAUGUUCAUGUCGAAAUAUUACUGCCACUUGCAGUUCUCGCUUAUUCGCGCUAUUUUUUACAACUGUUCGUGCCUUCAGUUCAACAGGAGAUGCGGAAUUCUGGCACUAAUAUUUUUAAUGACUGUCCGAGUAGAAGAGAUUUGUCCUCUAGAUGCAUAGAGUUUCUCACUAGAUUACCUAGAGGGAAAUCUGGCGCUACUGCGCUGUGGUAUGCUUGGGAAUGCCGGUAUAUUGUGACUUCGGAUUGGCAUCGUUCUUGGAGAUCCAGAAUGAAGACGCGCCUGGCUAGCACCGUUCCGUCUGUCACAAUGAUUCAUUUCCUGCUGAAAUAGCACGUAAAAAGCUGUUUUAGCCUUUUUAUAUACACAAAAACAUGUUUUGUUUAAAUUUGAGGGCUUAUUAUAUGUACAAUUAUAUGAAACGUAAAAAGUAUCAGCUCGCCGCUAAAGUUGGAGGACAGACGACAAGGUUCUCGCUCGCUUUGGAAUUUGUCGUCUGUUCUUAAUUUUCUUCUCUUGAUUCUGCAUUGUAGGUGAGUAAACUUUAUUGAAAGAUGUAAUAUGUGUGAAUGAAAGCCUUUUAUGAAGAUUUUAUUUUAAGAACGCAUUAUUUGUGCAGCCAUAUCCACGUUUUAGACCAAGCCUCGUACAACACCAGCCAACACAAGCCUCGUAGACACAUAUCCCGUCAUUCCCAUGAUGGCAAAGCGCCCUUUAAGAAACUCGCAUAGACGGUGGCGCCAGAUUACCCUCUAGGUGUUAUAGUGAGAAACUCUAUGACUAGACGGAAGCGUGAGUUUCCUUCUUCCGCCCCUGGCGGUCUGUCAAGAUAUACGAGACCUAUAUUCGUCAUGUGUAUUGACCCUUUUCGCGGCGAUCCCGUGGGCGCUGCCAUGUUUGAUCACGUGGUCACGCGUCCAUUGCUUGCCUCAACUGCCUCCGUUGCCGCCUUGUUUACAAUGGAACUGUAUUAUGAGGCCGGCGCGGCUUAGAAAACCUAUGUUUUCGGAGAUAUCAUAGACGGUGACUAGUUGGACGACACGAAGCUUUAAUCACAGCUUCAUAGAAAAUACAAAAGCGCUUUAGGAGCUGAUUAAGUUAUGUCCAAACGGCGCAAGCAGCGUAUAUAGUGCUUGUUCUAAAAGCGGAGCUAAAUAUGUAUUCCAAGCUAUCCAAACGUUCCGCUCAUGAAUUAAGUCAGGAUUAGUGUGUUUUGCUCUUUGUUCUUUAUUCGGCAAAUAUUUUUAAGCAGUGGCUUGUCAGUUUCCGACUCAGUGAAGUUCCUCGGUGUGGCCACUAUCUGAUUAUUUUCUGCCCAAUCGCUCGCGGGUGUGCUCAGUUCCGACAGAUUUGUUCUUGCUGCGCACUAUUAAGGCUUGAAGCGUAGCUGUUUCGUACAUUGUAAUACCUUGUAGCCAAAUAUAUAUUACAGCUAGUAACUCGCUUACUCUUGUGGACCGUCACGAAACAUUCAGCUUCGACCAUUCAUGCGCCAUCGCUGUAGUCCGUCAUUUAUUGUGCGUAUACAGUGCGCAUAUAUUCAAGUGUGCGCCCAUUCACUUAUUCUUGAUACGUCGGUGUUAGAGUGGGCGUAAGUUUUCCUGCCAUUUGGGACUGAUGUGUAUAGAUAACGUGCGCGAAACUUACUAUGACAGGAAGCGGCGCUACUCCCUUUUUCAUUGUUUAACGAGUGGUACUCACUCUUGCCGACGUUCUGGGGAUGAAGGCCUUUCUUUGAAGGUUAGCGAUACAAGGCUGGCGGAUGAGCAAAUUUCUGUAUCCUCGAGGAAAGCCGUACAUCACGAAGUGCAGGCAACACGUUAGGACAGUUGCAGCAGCGGUCCGCGAACUUGGCCACACAGAUUCAUUCUAUUCCUUAACAUGCCAGUCACUAUAUUUUUGCAGCCAGCUACUGCACACGUCUUCAAUCCACAUGAUUCAAUCUAGCAUGAUUGGAACACAGUGUGUUAGCGAAAACUCGGUUGCAUUUCCGAGCUGAUCGCACAGAAGCAAGGUAGAAGCGGUAAUGGUUUCGUAUUCGUGCGCGGUCGUUGAGGAGAGGUAUGGCGCGCCGCCGUGAGCGCCUUCUCGUUUCUCUAAAACAAACUGCUCCGCUGAAAGGGUCAAUAUUACAUGUAUGUGGCACGUACGCUUGCGUCUUCUAUACUUCGAAACGACAAUCAACCAUAUUUUAAACAAGCAUUGCCAGCUGACACUGCCUCACAUGAAAGUAACAGAGAAGGAAACCAAAGAAAGCAUAGGGGACAUUGACUCACUUGUUAUACGCAUCACUCGUGUCACAGAGGUUGGGAGUUCGGCUCCCCCCGACGGCAAGUUGUCUCUUCGACUUUAAUCUCCCGCUUAAAGCUUUCUUUGGCCCUUUUUACGUGGUCGACGCCAGGACGGUCCCCGCCGAUGCAAAGGGCACCUGCUGUCGCGUAAGCGCGGCUUACGGGGAGUCGUGUAUACUAGUUGUUUGAGACGCGUGUGCUGUCGCGCGAGAGAUUUAUUGCAUCUGAAAGUUUAGAUAUGGUUUAGAUACCGUGGUCGGUGGUAGCGCUGUGUCGCGUUUCUCUACAAAGACCGCUACACGUCUCUGAGCUGGCAAGAUGCGCCGUUUCAUCUUGCCGGCUCAGCACAGCUUCGCUUAGACCGACUCCCACAGUGCAUGGGGCCGGCAUGUUCCUAAAGCUAAUGGUCGGAGGCACAUCUGACCCCCGUGGAGUAAGCAAAACAACAGGUGCGCUGCCGUCAUUGCGUAGUCGCGUCGUAUACCGCGCCGUUGUCGCCAUGUCAUCUUGCUCGUGCUGCCGUCGUCGUCGUCACACUGUCAUGCAGUUUACCGAAACAUGUCGUCGAUAACUUGUGCCGUCAUUAAUGCCGUUAUCGACGUAAGCAGUUCUACGGUUCGCAUAAGGUGUUUACUUUGACAAUCAGCUCGCGUCAAUAAUUUCUGAGACAUCUUUUUUAUUUAUUUCUACAUGUGAAAUAAAACAAAGCUUAUUUCCUGUA